AUGGAUUCCGAGCAAUCUGGUCAGAAUACAGAGCUUUAUCCUCCUCCUUCCUCCGAAACAGCUUCCCUCGCUUCUGAUCACCCAAAUCCGCAGAUUUCUGCUCCUGAAGCUUUAAACGGUGCUUCUCCCCCUGUGACCGAUACCAACGGUUCGUUAGCAAAGCCUGAAUUCCUUCGCCCUCUGUUAUCGGAGAACGGAGUUAGCAAGACUUUGAGUGGCAACGAUAAGGACCAAUCCGGUGGUGAGGAGGAGACCACAAGCCGGAGGAAGCGCCGUAGCCGGUGGGAUCCUCCUCCUUCCGAGUCGACUAAUAACACCAGCGCGGACGGUGGUGAUUCCGGUACUGGGACCAGGAAGCGUAAGUCGAGAUGGGCGGAUGAUGAGCCGAAACCGGUGAUCCAGUUGCCUGAUUUCAUGAAGGAUUUCACGGGAGGUAUCGAGUUCGAUCCCGAGAUUCAGGCGUUGAAUAGUAGGUUGCUUGAGAUUAGUAGGAUGUUGCAGUCUGGUGUGGCAUUGGAUGAUAGACCCGAGGGACAGAGGUCUCCUUCACCGGAACCUGUCUAUGAUAACAUGGGAAUUAGGAUAAAUACUAGGGAGUACAGAGCUAGAGAGAGGCUGAAUCGAGAAAGACAAGAGAUCAUUUCUCAGAUUAUCAAGAAGAAUCCGGCUUUUAAACCUCCGGCGGAUUAUAGACCUCCCAAGUUACAGAAGAAGCUGUUCAUUCCGAUGAAGGAUUUUCCAGGCUACAACUUCAUUGGUCUUAUAAUCGGUCCCAGGGGUAAUACUCAGAAGAGAAUGGAGAGGGAGACAGGUGCUAAGAUUGUGAUUCGAGGUAAAGGGUCUGUUAAAGAAGGUAGGCUCCAGCAGAAGAAGGAUUUGAAGUAUGAUCCUUCAGAGAAUGAGGACUUGCAUGUUUUAGUUGAGGCUGACACUCAGGAAGCGCUUGAAGCUGCUGCUGGUAUGGUUGAGAAGCUACUGCAACCUGUUGAUGAGGUGCUGAACGAACACAAGAGGCAACAGCUCAGGGAACUUGCCACCUUGAAUGGAACGAUAAGGGAUGAAGAGUUCUGUAGGCUGUGUGGUGAGCCAGGGCAUAGACAGUAUGCAUGCCCUUCUCGUACAAAUACCUUUAAGAGUGAUGUUCUGUGCAAGAUUUGUGGUGAUGGUGGACACCCUACGAUUGAUUGUCCUGUGAAGGGUACCACUGGGAAGAAAAUGGAUGAUGAGUAUCAGAACUUCUUGGCAGAAUUAGGAGGAACGGUCCCUGAGUCUUCUCUCAAGCAGGGUAGUACUACUUUGGCUCUUGGUCCGGGAAGUUCGGAAAGUAAUCCUCCAUGGUCUAACAAUGCAGGGAAUGGGGCUAGUGCGCAUCCUGGUUUGGGGUCAACUCUGAUCAAACCCUCCAAAGAAUAUGACGAAACAAAUCUGUACAUUGGGUUCUUACCUCCGAUGCUUGAAGACGAUGGUUUGAUUAAUCUCUUUUCACCCUUUGGUGAGAUUGUGAUGGCAAAGGUGAUCAAGGACCGUAUGUCUGGCAUGAGCAGAGGAUAUGGUUUUGUCAAGUACGCUGAUGUCCAGAUGGCCAAUACUGCUAUACAGGCAAUGAAUGGUCAUCGUUUAGAUGGUAAAACACUCGCUGUCAGGAUCGCAGGUAAACAGCCACCGCCUCCUGGACCCCCAGCACCUCAACCACCGAGUCAAGCUUAUCCUCCUUCAAACCAGCCGCCUGGUGCCUAUCCUCCUCAACAGUAUCCCCCUGGUGGGCAAAUGCCAAAUCCUCCCUAUUCAACCGCUCCGGUUCCUUGGGGUCCUCCUCCUGUUCCUUCCUAUUCUCCAUAUGCUCCUCCUCCUCCUCCACCUCCUGGUUCUUAUCAACAUAUGCCUCCUUAUGGAAUGCACUACCCACCACCACCUCCUCCUCCUGUGACACAAGCUCCUCCACCUGGCACUGCUUCUAGUGAAAGCUUUCCACCAGGCGUACAAGCAGACAAUGGUGCUCCUGCCUCAUCUUUGCCACCAAAUGUCUAUGGACAGCCUCCGUAUAUGGGUUAUCAGUCUUAUUACAAUGCUGUUCCACCUCCACCACCUCCAGUACCGGUCUCGUCUGCUGAUCACUCACAGGGUCUAGGUAAUCCACCAUGGGCACCUAAUCCUCCCAUGCCACCUUCUGUUGGAUAUUCGCAGAGCAUGGGGAACGUACCAUGGGCUCCCAAGCCUCCGGCACAGCCACCUGCAGAGAAUCCGUCCCCUGUUGGAGAUUCUGAGUAUGACAAGUUCAUGAAUGAGAUGAAGUAG